AUGGAGCCAGGAGGCCAAAAUGGCUCACGCACCGACCACGACAGGGACCGCGGCGCCAACGGAAUCAACGGUACGGGCGCUCUGUUGGCUGCGCCUGAGAAGGACAAGAUGGCGACCGCAAAGGAUAAUGGCCCCGUCAACGGGGGGGGCGCAUCGGAACGCUCUCGGGAACCAACUUCGACCGCGCCGCACCCGAGAAUGAACGAUCUUCCCGAGGAGAUUGUCCACAUUACGCAUGGCUUCGUCCCGCUGUCUCUGUUGCUCACGCGGCUGGCCCAGGUGACGCACAACUCGCUCCAAGAAAAGAUCGCAGAGCUUGCCAAAAUGCCUCUGCCUGCGACAGCCGUCAAUGGCAACUCGGCCUUGGCGGCUGGCGGCGGCCCCGACGACAGCUCGAGUGAAAAUCUCCGCAAGAAGGGCAACCUGGCAAGCUUCGCGCAGGAUUUGCAUGGGAAAUGGCUCAAGGCCCUCGUCAUCACCGAGUGGAGCAGGAAGUCGGAAAUGGUCAGCAAGCUCAUCGACCUCAAGUUUCACAUCGACCAGCAGAGGAUACUAUACGACUCGUCUCUCGAUAACAUCGUCAAUGUUAAACGCGACUUGACUUUUGCAAGGAUGCCAAGUCCAGACCUGAAGACGGCGCUGCAAAUACUGUCCACAGGAAAAGCGCCCUGGAUGCCCGACCUUAAUUACCUGGACCCAGCUCCCUUGACCCCAAGCGAGCAGCUCAAGUGGAUGAACGACCUGAACACACUGUUGUCGUUGAGGCUGAACCUCGAGGACUACGACAAGAUACCGUACCAUUUUCGCAACUACGAGAUAGGGUCUGGACGGGUAACAUUCAAGGUUGACGGCGAAUUCGAGGUCGACCUGACGAUUGCCGAUGAAGACUUCGAGAAGCAGUUUUGGUUCAUCGACUUCAGAUACGCCUUCAAACCCGCGGCAGCGUCUCUUCCCGAAUCCUUGAGGACAUACUUGGAAGGCUGCGUCAACGAAGCGCUUAACAAAGACGGGCUGGCAGGAUGCUACCAGUUUCUGCAUGAAUUUGUUCUAACAUCCAAGAUCAACGAGCUGAAACGUCAAGCCAUUCAGCUGGGCAGAAACUCGUGGACCGGGACCCUUGCGGUUGAGCCAUUGAACCGGGCCUUGGCAAUCCAGUACUGGACGUCACGAACGGCGACAACGGGAACCAAGAGCUGGGUUCUGGUGGCGGUCAAUAGCGGCCGCAGACCAAAUGGCAGGGCUGAUCCGAAAGCAACAAGCUUCAUUGUGGCAAAAUGGUAUCGGGACAACAAGGAGGUCAAGGACAUUGACAUUGAGCUGGACGUGAAUCACGUCUCGGCAGAGUCUCUCUUGACCAACGUCGUUGGCCGGCACAUUGAAUACAUCCUGACAGGCAUUCACGACAAACUCCUGACUACACCCCGGUUCAAGAAUCGGGAAGCGAGCAUGGUACUUGACGUGUCCAAGUCAGAUCCGGCGGUUUCAUGCUUGUCGAUACAAGUGGGAUAUAGUGACACGGCAACUCUGGUGCUGGAGCCAAUGGCAGGUGUAUUUGCCGUCAAGCCGCACUCAAAGUUCACGGUCCAAUCCGAGCAUCAGUUGAACAAUGGCAAGAAUCUUGCCGAGGACGGUGCAAACUGUCUGGAAAAUGUCCGCUGUGCAGUCAUGGAGGACGAGCUCAAUCGGCGCGGAAGCUCAAUGGGCUGGUUUUCGCGCAAGUCGCCUUUAACUCUCGAGGAAACGAAGUCGGUGACCAAGCUUCGCGACUGGAGUCGCGCCAUCUGGCUUCAGAAAGACGGCUGGGGCGCGAGCUGGUUCGUGGUGGUAUUCCUGGGUCUCGGCGGGGACGAAUGGUGGCUCAUUGAAGCGAACCGUGGCGAGUCGAACCGCGCCCUCAAAUUCAAGACCAAGCUGCCGCUUCACAAGGGCCACCCCGACCAGUCAGAGGCUUUCUGGAACAACCUGGCGCUGUUCACGACGGGCAUCAUCACGCAGUCGGUUGACGUACGAGAGCUGCAUCGACAUAGGAUCAAGAGCAAGUCGAGCGACAGUACGGACUCGUCGCUCUCGCAGCAAGUGCGGCUGCCAUCGAUUGAGGUUUCACUGUCCGCCUUGUUUCCCUCCAUGAUAUCGUCCGGCAAUUCGAAAGACGGAACAGCCGGAAACACGCGCGAAGGCGACCUCACGGCUGAUAACGUCGAGCUGUUGUCGCUCAUGCAAAAAUACACCGGGACAAGCCUGACGCUCAAGCAGGCUUGGGCGGACAACAUUGUGCUCAUCAACUUCAAGGGCAUCCAGUCUCUGUCAGCAACCUCCGAUGAGACUGGUGCAGAUGGUUCCCCGGUGAGCGAGCUCAUCUGCGUCUCCGACGCAGUCGUCAAAGUCCGGAGGCCCGCGACGUUUGUGGCGUUGAAGGGCAUGGUCGACCACGACGUUUCCUACAAUCCCCGUCGGGGCGAGUUCUCGCUGCGAAUUCGGAGGCCUGUGGGGAAACCGAUCUUCGGCGCCCUCAAAACCCGAAUCAAGGCCAUCGACCGCUUCGUCAACUUUUUCGAGGCCGUCACAAAUGCCGGCGGGGCCGUCAAGACCGAGUCGAUGACGUUGAAACGGGUCACCUUCUGCUACGGCGCAAAGCCCAGGCAGGGAGACGAGGGAGUCGAGAUAUUCAAACCGUGGCGCGUGUCGCUGGAUCUCUCCAGGGACGAGAUCGAGGUUGAGAUGGACAGCGGCAAUCCGCACCUCCGCGUCCUCGACCUCAUGAGGCGGCUCGUCAAUAGCGAUGGCGGGAUCGGGGCGUUGACGGCUUGGCUGCCGGCGUCGCUCCCCGCCCUUGUGGCCGUCGACGAGCUGCAGACGAAGUGGGACAGCAUUGAAGCGCAAAACCAGGGCCGUUUCGAGUUUGCGAUGAAGGCCAUUGGGUGGAUGAGGAUUGGGUACAGCGGUGCCGCUGCAGAGGGCAUCAUGAAGGAGUGCGUGGUGCUCGAGUUGCGGAUGAAGCUGCGGCGGGGAGAGGCUUGGUGGCACAUCUGGCGGUCCGACGCCGGCGCCCGCGCUUCGCCGCAAGACGAGUUCAACAAGGCGCUGAGGCCCAUCUGGAACGCCAAGGGCGAGGACUGGCUAGGUCUAGCGACGGGCGCCGCAGGUCGGCCCAGCGGCGGCGUCGAGGCCAUGCUCCUGGCCAUUGACGACGCCGUCCGGGCCGUCGUCCUGGACAUGGGGGGCGGCGACUCGUCGGCGCCGCUCAAGGGGCCAAAGCGGGGCGAUGCUCACGACGUCGUUGUCCUGGACUAA